UUAGUGUCAUUGAAACUGUUGCUUUUUGUGAAAUUUUUUGAACCUUCCUCUGUCAAAGUUUGUAUUUUUAUUUUUGUUUGCUUGUGCAAGCUCCUGAACCUGCUUGCUUCUCCAUCUGCAACAUCAAUGGCAACUGAGGAGCUUAACAAACCUUCUUCUCUUCCUCCAUAUCCUGAGAUGAUAAUGAAAGCAAUUGAAGCUGUUGGAGACACUGGUGCGAACAAAUCAGCCAUAUCAAACUACAUAGAGUCCACCUAUGGUGAUGUUCCAGCAGGGCACACAACCCUUCUGACCCACCACCUCAACCAGAUGAAGGACAGUGGUGAGAUUGUGUUCUUCAAGAACAACUACAUGAAGCCUGACCCAAAUGCCCCACCAAAGAGAGGGCGUGGAAGGCCACCUAAGCCUAAAGACCCAAAUGCUCCUGAGGUUACUACUGCUGCUCUGGGGCCACCAAGGCCUAGGGGUCGCCCUCCAAAGGACCCUAAUGCUCCACCAAAACCACCAAGUGAGAAAGUUUCAAGUGGGAGGCCUAGAGGGAGGCCAAAGAAGAUUGCGAGGUCCGAGGCGGCUUCAACGCCAGGAUCCACCGGGAGGCCAAGGGGUAGGCCUCCUAAGGUGAAGCCUCAGAUGACUGAAGUGAGUGUUGAACAAUAGAGGGUGAUCGAAGUUAGUACAUGUUUGAAUUUGUGUUGAAAAUCACGUUUGGUGCAUUGAAAAUUAAAAUUGCGUGUUAUGAGGGGCCAAAUGUGAUCUAUGGGCAUCAACAGAAAACCAGACAUGUUGUAGUAGUGGUGGUGUUGGAUUGAUCUUCCUCCCUAGUAGUAGUUGUGGUAUUAGUUUUUGUUAGUGUCAAUGUAAUUGGUUUGUAAAAUUGUGUAGUGGGUUAGCUAGUUCUAUGGUGGAGGAUGAGGCUAUGUUUGUUUUCUAGUUAUCAAUUAGACAGCAAUGACUAGAUCUGGUGAUAAAUUGUGUUUCUAUUUGUGGUGCUCUUAAUUUUAUUCUAACUUGAAAAAUCUUUAAUGUGGAAAAGGGUGUCGUUGAUUCUCAAA